AUGGGCAACAUUUGUCUGAGGUUCUGGGCGAACUUGGGGCCCUGCCUCCCGUGCUUGUUCCAGGAGGCCGACAAGCCGGCGGUGGUGAUUGAGAACCCAGUAGCCUGCUGCUCCCCCGAUCCUCCCCAGUCGCAGAGUCAGGAGCCCAGGAGAAGCCACGGCCACUACUUCGUGGCUCUGUUUGAUUACCAGGCGCGGACCGCAGAGGACCUGAGCUUCCGCGCGGGCGACAAGCUCCAAGUCCUGGACACUUCCCUCGAGGGCUGGUGGUUGGCCAGGCACUUGGAGAGAAGGGAAGAUGCCUCUGGCCAACCGCUACAGGGCUAUAUUCCUUCAAACUAUGUGGCUGAGGACAGGAGCCUGCAGGCAGAGCCGUGGUUCUUUGGAGCAAUCAAGAGAACAGAUGCAGAAAAACAACUAUUAUAUUCAGAAAAUCAGACUGGUGCCUUUCUAAUCAGAGAAAGUGAAAGCCAGAAAGGAGAUUUCGCCCUUUCAGUUUUAGAUGCAAGGGUUGUGAAACACUACAGAAUCAGAAGACUGGAUGAAGGGGGUUUUUUCCUUACCCAGAGAAGAACCUUUUCAACACUGAAUGAAUUUGUGAGCUACUACACCAAGACAAGUGAUGGCCUGUGUGUCCUGCUGGGAAAACCAUGUUUAAAGAUACAAGUGCCAGUGCCUUUUGAUUUGUCGUAUAAAACCGUGGACCAGUGGGAGAUAGACCGCGAGUCCAUACAGCUUCUGAAGCGAUUAGGAUCUGGUCAAUUUGGUGAAGUGUGGGAAGGCCUAUGGAACAAUACCACUUCAGUAGCAGUAAAAACAUUAAAACCAGGUUCAAUGGAUCCAAAUGACUUCCUGAGGGAGGCACAGAUAAUGAAGAACCUGAGACAUCCAAAGCUUAUCCAGCUUUAUGCUGUUUGCACUUUAGAAGAUCCAAUUUAUAUUAUUACAGAGUUGAUGAGACAUGGAAGUCUGCAAGAAUAUCUCCAAAAUGAUGCUGGGACAAAAAUCCAUCUGACUCAGCAGGUAGACAUGGCUGCGCAGGUUGCCUCUGGGAUGGCUUAUCUGGAGUCCCAGAACUACAUUCAUAGAGAUCUGGCUGCCAGAAAUGUCCUGGUUGGUGAACAUAAUAUCUACAAAGUUGCAGAUUUUGGACUUGCAAGAGUUUUUCAGGUAGAUAAUGAAGACAUCUAUGAAUCCAAACAUGACAUAAAGCUGCCAGUGAAGUGGACUGCGCCCGAAGCCAUUCGUGCUAAUAAAUUCAGCAUUAAGUCCGAUGUGUGGUCAUUUGGAAUCCUUCUUUAUGAAAUCAUUACUUAUGGCAAAAUGCCUUAUAGUGGCAUGACAGGUGCUCAGGUAAUCCAGAUGUUGGGUCAAAACUAUAGACUCCCUCAACCACUUAACUGUCCACCACAGUUCUACAACAUCAUGUGGGAGUGUUGGAACGCAGAGCCUAAGGAACGGCCAACAUUUGAGAAACUGCAUUGGAAACUUGAAGACUAUUUUGAAACAGACUAUUCAUUUUCAGAUACAAAUAACUUUGUAAGAUGAACACUGAAGAAGAACAUUAAAUAAUCAAGUAACAAAAGAGUUCAAUAAUCAGUCCAGAAAUACAACCUUAUUAAUCAACUGCCAGAAGAGCUUACCUUGACAUAUUCAAGUGAUAGGGUCAACUUACCCGUGUAUUAUGAAGAAGAUUAUAAGUGCAUUAUAUGUGACUGGGCAACACUGCACGACAGUCUAAGAUGAUAUUUUAUCACUGCCUGGCAAAAAUCAAACACAUAAACACAGUUAUUUUUCUUUUUAAAAAAUACUUAAACAUUUCUAUUUAUUGUUUGAAAUACCGAUCAAGAGGAUCAACAGAUGAUAGUCAGUUUUUACUCAGUGACUGUUGUAGCAUUUUCCUGUUUACUGAUUAAAGUGGUUAUUCAUUAUUCCUCGGAUUGCUGAAUCCCAUCAGGCUGUUAUUAUGAAGGAAUCUGAUUGCUUUGCUGCACAGCAGGACCUGUGCUUUGAGAUGUUUUUUUUCCUCUUUUAAAAUACCCUGUAACUACAGUGAUGGUAAAGCCAUGUGAAAUGACUUGAUUGUACUUGGAGUAAUUGCACAUAUUUUUUCCUAUGCAUAAAAAAAUGAA